AUGGCUUUAUUACGAUCUUCUAGUAAUCAAGAAUCUAUUCAAAAGAAUCCAAUAUGUGUUGGUAUUCGUCUCAUGUUUCAACGUAUUGGUGAAAUUGAUACAUUGACUGAAAAAUAUCAAGCACAAGCAACAAUCGAAGCUCGUUGGGUAAUUGAUAUGUCAAGUAUAUUAUCAAUUGUUUCGUUAACUGAUCACCAACAUUUAAAUAAUGGAAAAUCAGUAUCCCUUGUAAAAUAUGCUAAUGUUAAUUGGCAUCCUCAAUUGUUUAUCGAAAAUGCUCUUGGAGAUUUGAAAGAACAAAUAAGAUAUAGUGGAAAGAAAAUUUCAAAUAAUAAAGUUUGUAUAUGUGAACAUCGUGAAAUAAAAGGAUUAUUUUGGGAAAAACUUGAAUUACAUCAUUUUCCAUCUGAUAUUCAAGAAUUAACUAUUUCAAUUGGUUCAAUGUUCUAUGAUGAUAAAGUAUUACUCAUUCCAGAUCCAUAUUAUCAUAGUGGAAUAAAUCGUGAAGCAUUCGUUGAUCAACAAGAAUGGUCAUUGUAUGAACAUGUUGAUGCAAAACAACGAUUCAUUCAAGAAUAUUCUCAUAAUGAUUAUGACGAAGAAUCAGUUGAUAUAAGCUCAAAUGAAGAACGAAGACGUUCAAUUGUUUCUGUAUCUUGUCAUGCAGCACGUCGUUCUACUUAUUUCUAUUGGAAUGGUUAUUGUCUCGUUUUUCUAAUAACUGUUUGUGCCUUUAGCAUAUUUUCAAUGCCACCAAAUCUUCCACAAAAUCGUCUUCAAACUGGAGCUACUCUUCUUCUUACUUCAAUUACUUUUCGUUGGACAGUAAAUCGAUCUCUUGUAAGUUGA